AAUUUAUUUAUGCCUAUUGUAUAAGGAAAAGCAAAAUUGUGGCAUCCAACAUAGGAGGAACAAGAUGCAUAUGAUGACAGAAUGAUUGCCAACAUUGAAUUGAAAUCAUUAGACUUUGAUGAUGAAAACUUUUCCCCAGUGUUUAAUAGAAGCAAAAAAGAAUUCUUCUUAUCUGCAAGUGAAAAAUAUAAGAAGGAUUUGUCAAAAUUGGCCAGACCAUUUUAAUAAUAUACUUGCGAAGAGUUCGUUAAUAAAUACAUUUUUAUCAAACCAAACCAUACUUAUUGGAGAGAAUGGACAAUUACUAAAUGGUUGUCAGGAUUUGGUUUGGGAUAUUUGGUUUUGAGAGAAUUACCACUACGUAAUUUUUAUGCAAGAGUUUUUGUUAUGUGGAUCUUCUUGGCCAAAUUAAGUGAUCACUUUACUUCAAUUCUUCCAUAUCAUGGAAAAAUGGUGAUAUCUACAGCACGUGAUAGAUUUUCUAACAAAGAUAUCAAUCAAUAUCACAAUGUUUGCAGUGCAUUACACUUCUUGGAAAUGCCAACCUUUUAGAAUAGAAUUUCAGAAUCUCUUGCAUGGAGAGCCAGACAACCAGCUCAUUUAUUAUAUAAUGAUACAAACUGGUGCUUACACAUUCUUAAAAGGUGGCAUGGUCGUCCCACUCACAUUGCUCAUUGGGAUGGUACCUUCAAUCAACCCUUGGAAAGAUUAGCAGACCCAUACCACAAAGAUGCCCACUUUAUCCAUUGGAUUUGAGUAUAUGCAUACAUAUAAAUACAAUUAUUAUUAUUGUCAUUAUUAUUAUUA